CCUUGCAACACUGAUACGGAAAUGUCAAAAAUAUGCACUGACAGACAGCUGUCAUGUUUUCUUGCAUCAAGCCCAAAACGCAAUAGUUUUUUGCAAUGUAACCAAAAAUAGAUCCAAAAUGAGUGCAAUAUUAAAAUUUAUCCGUGAAAACCACAUAUUGGCCCUCAUAGAACAGACCAUUGCCAAGAAAAAGUCCCGUUUGAGUCUGAACGCGUUCGAAAUAACUGAAAUUCCUGAACUUUUGUACACCUGUUUGGAAGUUGAACAUUUGUAUUUGCAUAAAAACAAAAUUACUAAUGUGCCAGUGCAAAUAAUGCAGCUAGUGAACCUGACGACCUUGACUCUUGACUACAAUAACAUAAGUUCGCUGCCAGCCGAAAUAGGGAACCUGAAAAACCUUGUGAAUUUGAACAUCAGUUACAAUCCUUUGAAAGAGUUGAUUCCUGAGAUUGGUGAGCUGGAGAACCUGGAGGCUUUCUGGUGCAACAGGAUAGGACUGCGGGAGAUCCCGAAGGAGAUCGGGAAGUUGGAGAAACUUGAUACUUUUGGGGCAAGGGGAAAUGAACUGAAAACUAUUCCUGAAGAAAUGACAAAAUUGGCGAGAUUACGGUGGCUGACUUUAGAAAACAACCACAUAGAGAGCCUACCCUCCGGCCUGGAACGCCUAGAAGUGUUGGUCCACUGCAACCUACGUAACAACCGACUGAAAGAGUUCCCGAAGGACCUGCUCAAAUGUACGGAGCUUAUGUACUUGCAGCUUAAUAAUAACCAGAUAUCCAGCCUCCCAGAGGAUUUCGACACCAGUCAUCUGACAGGUCUGGAAAUGAUUGACCUACGGCUGAAUCCCAUCUGUGAACUAGCCCACCCAGAGCACCCUCUAGUCCGCUAUCAAGAGGAGCUGCCCGCUUCGCCGAGCGCGCUAGCGGAGCUCUCCGCUCAGGCCUCCGCUAGCAGCCGCCACGGUGCGCAGGCUUUGGCUCUUAACGCCACGGCGCUCCGCUUGCCGGCUGUCCCCGCGCCGCGUCCGCACCAACAGGACCCCAGGAUCAUAGAGAUAGACCUCGACGCGUCAUCGGUGGAGUCGUCCGAAGAUUGGGAGAACAGUGUGAACAGUUCCGAACUGGAUGUGCAGUACCAGAGCGACGAGGAACGCGCUGAGAAUGAGAUCGCGCAAUUCUUUCAGGCGGUCGGCAUGGUGUUGCCCGAACUAUCGCGGUACGCGUCCACCGCCAGUUGAAUUGACACCUUGCCGCCUUGACGCAACGACCACUUUCGCGUGACAGGUAUAUGGACUGACUUCGGACCUGAUUGUCUAUUCUUUGGUGAUACUGGGAAACUUUGGGCAAGCCAAUUUGAGCCUUAUCAAGUUUGUGAUAGGGAUAGAUUUGGCGUGCUCUUAUUGUCUAGUAUCGCCUGAGAAUACAGGGUUAUCCACAUUCGCACGAACGCUUAAGAAUAUUUUGAAAAGCGUUAAUUUCUGUCGAUUUAAUUUAUUUUAGCUCUUUGUUGUUUAUGAACUUUUAGCAUUAAGUGCUUUAUUUUAAUGAAUUAAAAAACUGUUGGAAGCGUUUUUUUAUUGUUUGUUUAAUCGUUCGUGCGAACUAGACCUUUAUAUUAAUUAAGCAUACGAUUAUACCUAUCUCUUUUUCUUCUAAGUGAAUUAAAAGAAACAGCUGCAAAAUCAGCAAUUAGCCUUUUCAACGCCAAUGAAAGGAAUACUUUCUGAAAUUAGUGUUGCUAUAAUAAUAUGUCACUUUUAAUUCACUUCAAAGAAAAAUAGUCUUUGCUGUUAUUUUGAUACUUUCAAUAUUUUAUUGAAAGAGUUUCAGGGCCUGUAUUAAUGUAUGUUUAGACUUAGUUUUGUGUACUGUGUAUGAACUAUUGUAUGUGUAUAGGGUGACUGAUUGUAGAAAGACAUAACUGCAGUGGACCUACUUGACCAAAACAUAAUAGAGCAGCAGAUUAUUUAAAUCAAUUCCUUUUUAUGCUGUUCAUAAUAUAGUAGUAGCACGCGCUGUAGAAAUCACUUUUUCAACCAGACACCCUGUAUUGAUGUAAUAUACUGCGGGAACUAAGUAUAGUAUAGCUCUCUAAAAAAAGGGAAUAAAUAUUUUCUAAAAAAAUACGCUUCUAUGGCAUAUUUUGUAACGACCAUCGGUUUUUAAGAGAAUCAGGUUCCAAUAUUCCGCUAUAAGUAUCUUCAAAUAAAUACCAGCCAAAACCUUAUUCUUACUUAAUAAGCUUCAGUUUAAAUUUUGAAUCGCAAACAAUCUUUUUUCCAUCGUAGAAGGUGACUGUCGUCAAUGAAUUUAAAGUUUGGGUGAGAAGGUAUAUCCCAUACCUUGACUGGUAAAAUACAUAAAGGUAUAUUAAUAUAAAUUAAUUAAACUAUGUGACGUCCCUAGAACGUGUUAAGAGCCACUGUCUCAAACAAAUACGCACGUUUACCACAAAUCACGUUAAAAUGUGAUUACACGUGAAACUUUUCACACUUGUAAUUAAGUUUCAGGGAUAGCAUGUAAAAAACUCUUUUUCAAAAAAUGGUAAUACAGCAACUUUUUGUAUGGAACCAGCAAAGAAAUAUAAAAAAAUGCACCAUGCAAUUUAUAACAUCUGAGUGGCCAAUUAGUUUUUUUUUGUUCGAUGCUGGUGCCAUAUUUUUUUUAUAUUUCAGCAACAGAAUCAAUAAUACUUUACUUUCUUUAAAGCGGACAAGAUUUUUUACAUGUUAUUCAUUACUUAAUUUUUUCUAAACAGUUUAUUUGUCAAUCGUACAAAUGCAGCACAAAAAGGUCAACUCUUUUUUAUGUAAAAUUUCACUUUGGAUGUGACUUUAUUUUAGUAUUACCUCUUUGGGAUCUUUUUUGAGAAAUCAAUACUUGAUCAUGUAAAUAUGUAGUUGUAUUUAAAUCAUUAUUUCUCUAUAAAUAUUUUGUCUAUUUAGUUUUAGAUGUUAUACUGGGUGUUUUAUUUUAAACGUUGAAAAAACGGUCUAAAGUUUUAAUCCGGCCUAAAUCAAUGUAAUCAUUUAUAAAGCGGACCAAAUCAGCUAUAUUUGGAUAUUGGUUACAUUCAUCUAAAGGACAGUCGACAGCACAACGUGGCACAACAGAUUAUAGGUAUAUUUCUGUUGCAAAAUAACUCUUAUUUCAACUACUUAUGAUGACAAAAUGCUUUAUGUGCUGUCGCUGUAUUUCUCAAUCUUUGUAUUUUUACUCAUGAUCAUGAACACAAUUUUAUUCAAUUCAAGCAAUUAUUAAUUUAAAAAAGAGUAUCAGGCGAUUAAUAAAAAAUCCUGAUGGGGAUUUUAAUUUAAAAAAUAAAAUAUACGCCCGACGACGACUUUUGAAGUGGUUGGUGUAGGUACUAACUACAGUUGGGAGUAGAAUUAUACAUAACGAAUGAUGUAAUAUCCAAAAAAUGGUUUCAAAAUUUUACAAAUACGGACAAAAUACCAUAAAAGAUAAAAAGUGUUCAUAAUUUUAAAAAUAAUCAUGGCUUUUUCAUUGUAUACAUUCAUAUCAUAAAAAACACGCCCUAUAUGAUAAGGGUUUGAACAAAAAAAAAGAACGGGAGGUUAUAAAAACAUAAUAAUGUUUCCAACUAUUUUGAGACAAAGAAAAAUCAAAUCAAAAUCUAUUUUUUACUUGAUUUGAUUGGAAAGAGAAGGUUAAUAUCCUGUAUGGUGAUUGAGGGUGCUAUUAUGGAAUAUGGAAGUAAGAAAAGAAAUUUAAAUAACUAAAAAAAGCGUAUAAUCAUUGCCAAUGUAAGACUCCAUUCAUAUCCUAAUUAUUAUAUUUAAAAAACAAGUAAUUAUGUUACUUACAUUAAUAUAAAAAAAAAUUAAAACUUCAAGAUUAGGUAACCCCUACUUGUGUAUAUUAAAUCAUUUUUAUACUCUGAAUUGUACCUUAUUAAAUCGUAAUAACCGUUAUUUUAAAUUAAUCCUAAAAAGAUGUAUAUUUUUUUUUUGUAAAUAUAACAUUGAUAUCUUGUUAUGUAUUAAUUGAACUUUAAUAAAUACCUGUCCAUUUUCUGUAGAUAAUAAAAGAUUAGAAAAAAUGCUUUUAGUAUUGUGUGUAAACACAAAUUCCUUUUUACGCUAUAUACCAACUACCUAGGCGUCUUUUUCAUGAAAAAAAAAUCUACGCAGUUUAAACUAAAACAGCGUUUUGUCUUUUUUCAACUCGGCGAAAUCAACAUUAAACAAAAAAAGCUGUCUUUUUUUCAAUUAGCUGAAGCGUUAAAGAUUUUUUUAUUUUAUGAAGAAGACGAUAAAAUCUGUGUUCCCCAAUAGAUGAGUAAAAACUUCUUUUAAUAAGAACAUUUUACAAUUUGCCACUACUAAAUAUUUACUGUCUACAUGAAUAUUUACUGUUUUAAAUAUUUGCUCUAAUAUUUAUGUAUAAGACACAAUAGUUUACUUAAAUCAGUCUAAACGCAAACCUAGAUAAAAGAGUACCAAAAUACUUAUUUU